AUGUCGGACAUUGAACAGGAGAAGGCUGCCGCCAGCAUCGAGCACAAGGAGCACAGCGAUCACCCUCACCACAUCGGAUUCCAUGAGACCGACCUCGAGCCCAUGGGUCUCCCCACAGAGGUGUCUCCCGAGGACAACAAGCGCAUCAAACGCAAGAUCGACUGGGUCCUCAUGCCCAUCCUCGGUGUGAUCACUGCCCUCCAGUUCCUCGACAAGACCAUGCUGGCUUACUCGAGUAUCAUGGGCUUCAUCUACGACUCGCAAAUCACCCUGUCCCAAUACUCUUGGCUUGGAACCAUCUUCAGUCUGGGUUACUUGCUGGGAUCGUACCCCAUGGUCUACCUGCAGCAGCGCCUGUCGUUCUCAAAGGUCACGGCUACCUGCAUGAUCAUGUGGGGUGCUGUAGUGAUGCUCAUCACCAUCUGCCACCACAACUUUGCCGGUCUCCUCGUGGUCCGUUUCUUCCUGGGCUUCUUCGAGUCCGCAAUGACCCCCGCGUGUGUCCUUGUCACCACCCAGUGGUAUCGCGUCCACGAGCAGGGUACGCGCACCGGUAUCUGGUCCUCGUGUAACACCUGGGGCCUCAUUUUCGGCUCUGCCGUCGCGUACGGUCUCCUCCACGCUCAGAUCAAUGGCCAUCUCACGGGCAUGGUCGGCUGGAGGGUCGAGUACCUCAUCCUCGGCUCCAUGACCAUUGCCACUGGCAUUGUUUGGGUCUUCGUCAUCCCCGACGACCCCGAGAAGGCAUGGUGGCUCUCGAAGAAGGACCGCCACCUCGCUCACCUCCGUACCGCCGACACCCGCCAGGACAUUACUGUCCGUGACUGGAAAUGGGAGCAGGUCAAGGAGGCAAUGGCCGACAUCCAGAUCUGGGCCUUUGUCCUGGUUGCCCUUCUGACGGCCAUUCCCGGCGGUGGCAUUACCAACUUCGCCGCUGUGCUCGUCACUGGCCUCGGUUUCGGCACCCAGGAGGCCCUCCUGAUGGGUAUUGGUCAGGCUUGGGUCGCGCCCUUCACCAUUCUCUGCCUCUGGGCUGGCGACAAGCUUCGCUGCCGUUCCCUCAUCUCCAUCUUCCCGUCUAUCGUCUCCAUGACGGGCGCGGCUAUGAUCUACGCCUUCCCUCAGAGCAAGCCCAUCCCACGUGCUGCCGGUUACUACCUUAUGCUCACCUGGGCGAUCAACACCACGGCCGUCACGUCGUUCAUCUCGUCCAACGUUGCGGGCCGUACCAAGAAGACUAUGGCUUCAGGCAUGUUCUUCUUUGCCACCUGUGUUGGCGGUCUCAUCGGCCCUCAGACCUUCCGCUCCAAGGAUGCGCCUCGCUACAGCCCUGCGCUCCUCUCGAUUAUUCUCUGCAACAUUUUCGCUGCGGCCGUCAUGGCCCUCCUGUUCCUCUACUACUACAAGGAGAACAAGAGGCGCGACGCCAGGAUGGCCGCGACGGGCGAGACUACCGACGUCCCCGACGGCGUCGACGCUUUGGUUAUGGACCUCACCGACAAAGAGAACCCCAAGUUCCGUUACGUCUAUUAG